AUGAAUCGUUUCAGGACUAAGAAGAAGGCCAAGGAUGAGAUCUCAACGCCUAGGCCUUCGCAGGAUUCCGAAUCGUCUAUGCCAUUUCGGCCAUUUAGAAAAGGGAAAAAGACCCAAGAACCAGAGAAGGUCGAGAUCGAUAUUUCGGCCGCCCUACCAUCCAAUGACGAAUUCCGUACUAGUUUGUUAAUGACAGGCCUUUCAGCCCGGUUCUCCAUGCUGCGGGAGCAGGAUGAUCCAAACACCAAGAUCGGCAAGGCAAGCGAUGACAGUGUUCUCUUCCCUAAGCGACAGUCCAGGUUAGAUUACGGUGGGUUCCGCGGCUUGGGAGAUAUUGCCGAGGUUGAAUCGAUAAGAGCAGCAGCUCCUUUCGCUAGGAAGGCCUCUUAUAAUUCAGAUGAUGCGGACUCGUUGAAGGCGAGCAGUGUCAUGGGACGUUCUAAACCGACUGAGGGUAACAACCUGUUUGGCGGGCGCCAGAAGAUCUACAAAAUUCCGGUUGGUACUAGUUCGUCGAAAAAUCUUGACGGCGGAAUGAGUGGACGAGCCUUGUACGAUGACGAUGUUGCCUUGUCUGCUUUUCAGCGUUGGAGGCAAGCAGAGAAGGAGCGUAGAUCCUCAGAAGAAGACAGGGAGGAAAAUGAAGAGAGGAAUUCAAGCUAUAUAGAUGCGGAUGCACCCCGCGCCGAUUCACCAAUACUCGAUAAUUACAACCAAAAAAGAGAAACCUCUUCGACAACAUCAUCCAUCCCAUCAUUAGCCAGGAAUUCGACCGCCGCAACAUCAGUAACGUCUUCUCAGCGGACUCCUUCUCUAAUGGACUGGCAGCCGUCAGCUAGCUCUACUACGGGGGUAGAGAGGAGCGUGACACGUGCCAGAAGGCUAUACGAGUCUGGGCUAAGCAAUGAUCUCCAUGAGCAGCAGUCCUCGGCUCUUUCCCGUGUCGACACUCUGACACGACAGCGUACUUUUGGUACUCUAACGCCCGAUCUGGCCCAGAAUUCGCCUUCACCUACGACACUUGGAUUUGCCGAUCGGUUUAGUAGCGAGCGAAAGGUCCUGGCAAAGUCUAGCGCGCCGAACUUACGAUCUAUGAGCCCCUCCGCCACUGCCUCUCCUAUCGGUACUCCAGACCUCGGCAAUCGUGUACCCAGCGCGACCGAUAUGCGAUCAAAUUUCGGGGGGGCGCCGCCGCUGAGCCCUCCAAUAAGCGAGACGGAAGAAAAUUCGAUACUUCAAAUUCACCCCAAUGACCGAGGAAAAGCUACCGCACUCGGGGUCUUCCAGAAGCCCUUACAACCAUAUGAUGAGUCCAGGUAUGCUCAACGGCAAUUACAACGGCAGCAGAGCCGGGAUAUGCUUACGCAAAAGUCUCGGGAGGACUUGAACUUGUCUUCCGUAACUAAGAGAUCCAGUUCAUCAUCGUCUGGAACAAGAAGAGAAUUGGAGCCUAAAGUUUAUGUGGCUCCCACCGAAACCGGGUCUGCGUCAAUUGAGCCUACAACGUCGUUCUUGGCUGAUCCUAAUGACUCGGAUUGCUCUCCUGUUGCGUCGCCUAAGUCAGGCGCAUCUCCUCGCGCCUUGUUGAGACGUCCAUCAGACCGCCAACAUCCAGCCCUUCGUGACUCUACGAAGCUGACGGAAUCCGAUAACCAAUCUGUUCCCAGGGAGAAUUCGUCGAUGUCACCAAAUUCGAAAGGUAUCUCGCCCGCAGAUUCACCUACUCUAGGUCCAGCUCCUGGUGCUGGACUAAGCGGUAUGGUGCGGCAACACUUGCGAGGUGACAGUAGUGCCUCGUCAAUUUACGGCGUCAUACCUGCUACGUCGGGUCUAGAAUCUCGUUUUCCAGCAGGUCCAGAGGAUGCGCAAGAUUUCCAAGGAUCAGGAGUAAAUGCGAUUCCGUGGGAGCUGCCCGAUGUGGACCGGGAUUGGACAUUGGACUUGGACGUCAACGAACCAAUGCUAGACGUCCAGUCUCGGUCGUCUAAUGUGCCUACCACCGAAGAAUUUGCGGACAAAAAUACCAAUGCAACUAAGGGUGACGACCGAGAUGAAUUCGCUAGUCAGCUAGCGGAUGGGGCGCGCCGAGUACGUGAACGACUAACUACGUAUGUUGAAACCGACAGUCGUUCUUCCUCGCCUCGACGGUCGGAAGAGCGGGUAGAUGGAAAGGAGCAGACAUCUAAUCCACGACAAAAUGGGUUAGCUCUUCUACAGACAAAGAGCAGUCAGGGAUCUCUAGUUGACCGAGGCCGGGAGCCUCCCCAAUCCAAGCCUAUGAAGAUGCUUGGUCUUGGGGCUUCAAAUGGCUCUCAAACGGCAAGCUCGGCACGGGAACAUGACGACCCAGAGCAGCAAUCAGCGGAAAAUGAUGCUCAUGCUGGACUUCGAGCAUUUAGACAAGCGAAGCGCGAAUUACAAAAGAUGAAAGAAGCAGAAGUAGAGGUUAGACAUCAAACACAAUCUCAGGAUCUUGCUCUAGACACCGAUUCUGUACGAUCGACACCAACUAGACAAUUACCCCCCGGACAGCGAUCCCCCGAACGCGAACGGAAACCGCCGCCUAUAUUUUAUCAGCAACGGACGUUCAGUGAAGAGGGAAAGGAGGUGCAGAACCUCGCAUCCAGAGGACAGUUGAGGAAUGACCGCGAUAGAAGUGGUUCGGACUCUAGCAACGACGGGCGGUCAAAUGUGCGGCCCCCGCGGAAUCUUCAAAUUGGUUCCAGUGGAACCGCUGCACGACCUCCAAUGCGCUCUCCAGGCCUUCCCGGCACGGAUAUCAAAGGGUCGCCAAUCAUGCCACCGCAUCCGUAUCCAGGGUCUAAGAGAUCUAACCCUGCAGCCACUAGCAACCUCCGCGUACAGACGUCUCGCGGGUUCGAAUCGACCCAACCCUCACCUGUCUCUCCUAUGCCAUCACCGUUCGGCCGUAAUACGCCGACCUCUGGUGUGGUUCCUUCGCCUCGAUCAGGAGCAUCUCCGAACCGCGGCUACGACAAUGCAAGUCCGACCACAAGUGAUAGCACAAGACGCAAAAUCAAGACCAAGGACAUUUCAGAUCCUACAUUCGUCAUGUCGACUUCCCAAGUCCCUACCGUAGCUCUGUCAGAAGCGCCACAGAACGUAUCUCGCAGCAAUAGUCGGGCUGCGCCGCCUUUACCCCCUAUUAACCCGAGACGAAGGCAAGAUUUCUCUAGCACUCGGGCUGUCUUUGACAACUUAAGCCGACGCAGCGGUAAUGGCAUGGAGGCAGAGGCCCUCGACCGCAAACGCCUCCGGCCGGUAGCAUCCGAUGCUUCAGGACUCCAAUCAAGACCUCCUAGCCACGCUCCCCCUGCCGUUCCUACGCCUAGGAGAGCCGUGACUGAUGGUGGCAAAAACCCUGGCAUGGGAUUGCCGGGUGGUAUGAUUUAG